AAUAGGGAAGUACAUAAUUGUAAGAGCGCAAAGAGUGAGAGAGUGUGAGAGAGAGUGAGAGAUAGAGAGUACAUAAAGUACAUGAAGUUUGUUUUUAAGUUAUUAAAAUUAGAGAACAGAGAGAGUUGUAGACUUAUAAUAUCAGGACCUAUAGACACCUGGACCAACCUGUAGAGAACACAACAUUAUAUCAGGACCUAUAGACACCUGGACCAACCUGUAGAGAACACAACAAGAUGAGGAUCCUGCUGAUAUUCAUCCUCCUCUCCUUCAUGACAGGUUGUUUGAGCUCCUUCAAAGUGACAGGAUACUCUGGAGGAACUGUCAUCAUCGACUGUCAUUAUUCCACAGAAGACAGAAGUCAUGAGAAAUAUUUCUGUAAGGGACCAAAGUGGACUUAUAGUUGUGAUAAGAAGAUAACUACUCUGAGGAAGAACACCUGGUUCCACACUGGUAGAUUCUCUCUGUAUGACGUCACUGGAGGAAACUACUUCAAGGUGAUCAUCAGACAACUGACCAGACAAGAUGAAGGGACCUACUGGUGUGGAGUGGCCAAACCUGCUAUACUUACACCUGACAGUUAUACCGAGGUAGAGCUGGAUGUGAAGACGGGUGACUGCUGUGAGAAGUCAGUCACAGAGACGGCCUUUCUGGGAGGAGAAGCUACCAUCAGAUGCAACUAUUCAGAGGACCGUGAGGACAGCAUCAGGUAUUUCUGCAAGGAAGACAGUGAAUCUGACUGUGAAUACCAGAUAUCCGGUACAUAUUACUCAGAACUAGGAAGAUACUCUAUUUCUAAGAGAAGAAGAGAGAGAUUCUCCACAGUGACCAUCAGGGACCUGACUGAAGAUGAUACUGGGACCUACUGGUGUGGAGUAGAAACCAGCAGGACAGAACAACGUUACAUUACACUGAUCACACAGGUGAAGCUGCUUGUUAUAAAUUGGAGGAACAGACCUGUAAAGAAGACAGGACAUGUUGGGGAGGUCGUCAGUCUCUGGUGUAAAUAUCCACGGGAGAAUGAGGAGAAAGAGAAGAUAUUUUGUAAAGGGGACAGUCCUUCAACAUGUGAAGAUAAGAUAACAUCUAGGACACAGAACAAAAUGGCAGACAAUGGCAGGUUUUCCCUAUUUGAUAACCGUGAGAAGACCAACUUCACUGUGCACAUCAAAGAGCUGAGACCAGAGGAUUCUGGGACAUAUUGGUGUGUGUCUGAUAGAAGAUGGAGACCUGCAGACUACACUAGAUUUAUCCUCUCUGUGGUGGCACCAACCACCAUCACAAAAUCAACAACAACUACAGCACUUCCAGCCACAAAAACCUUUAUCUCAAAAUCAUCAUCAUCAUCACCAUCACCAUCACCAUCAUCAUCAUCACCAUCAUCACCAUCAUCAUCACCAUCAUCAUCACCAUCAUCACCAUCAUCAUCACCAUCAUCAUCACAAUUAGUCAACGGAUUUGGUACCUCAGUGGUCGUCAUGGUGUCUGUUAGUCUGGUAGUGUUACUGUUGGUGAUCAGCCUGAUCAUAGUCUACAGAUGGAAAUACAACAAGGCCACAGGAUCUGUCUCUUCAACACACAGAGUGAGUCCAGACACAGGAAUCAAUGAAGGGGGUUGUCAUGGUGAUGGUGACUAUGAAGAGAUAAAGGAGCGCCCCCUACAGUCAGACUCAGACGCUGCGACCUCCACCAUCUAUGCCACCGUCAACUUACCCACAAGCCAAUCUGACUCUCUCCACUACUCCAGCGUCAGCUUCCACAAGAUCCCCAGAUUCCCCUACGAAGCCACUGACACCAUUACUAAAGAGGGCAGCUGCCCCAAUGAAGCCACCGCUUCCAUUGCUAAAGUGGGCACUUCAUCAUGUGACUAUGCUACUGUGAACUUUGGUCAAAGCCCCGCCUACUCUACUGUCAAUCAUCCACACAGCUCCUCUGAGGCUCCUCCCAUCUACUCCACAAUCAGCAAACCCAGAGACACCUGAGUCAAUGGCAACCAAUCACAAGAUACAUACACACACUGGCGACCAAUCACAAGAGACAUAUUUUAACUAUAUGCGCUGACCUCUCUCUCUCUCUCUCUCUCACUCUCUCUCUCUCUCUCUCUCUCUCUCUCUCUUUAAAUAUUAGUGUUUCCUGUUCAGAGCCUUGUUGUUAUGGUAACACUCCCCCUUCUUAGGGCUAGGGUCUAGUUUUCUGAAUUUCCGCCUGACUGACGUGCCCAAAGUAAACUGCCUGUUACUCAUGCCCAGAAGCCAGGAUAUGCAUAUAAUUGUUAGCAUUGGAUAGGAAACACUUUGAAGUUUGUAGAAAUGUUAAAAUAAUUUAUGAUCCUAUAACACAAUUGAUAUGGUAGGAGAAAAUCCAAAGAAAAACCAACCAGAUAUUUUUUUUUUAGGUCCCAGGCUCUUAUAAUGGAAAGCUAUGGGUCCUAUGCAAUUCCAGCUUCCAGUUUGCAAUUCCAAUAGCUUCCACUAGAUGUCAACUGUCUUUGUUCAAGGUUUCAGGCUUGUUUCUUCAAAAACGAGGAAGAAUUUGGAGUUUUGGUACAAAGAGUCACAGUUGAAAAUCAGUCUGCGGGCGUGCGAGGAAGAGGACGUGCACCUGCUAAUUUUACAUUUUCAAUUGAACAUACUUCUUUCCGUAUGAAAAAAUAUAGUUUAUUUACAUUUUUUCUGGUUGUUUAGAGUCUUAUUGUUAUGGUAACAAAAUAAAGUACAUAUUGAAUCAUGAAA